GUGGAGGGCAAAGGAUAGAGUAUCCGCGCUGUCUGCGGUCAGGCCUGGCGCGAUAUGUCCACUCCUCCGCUCUCCGGUGGGGGAAUGGCGGGGCCCCCCGGUGGCUUCCCCGCUCCUCCCCCCGGUGCUGCAGCUUCUGCCGCCGCCCCUCGGGAGGUAAACACGGCGUCCCUGUGCCGGAUCGGACAAGAGACGGUGCAGGACAUCGUCUUCCGCACCAUGGAGAUCUUCCAGCUGCUGCGCAACAUGCAGCUGCCAAAUGGCGUCACCUAUCAUACCGGGACCUACCAGGACCGGCUGGGGAAGUUACAAGAGCACCUGCGACAGCUUUCCAUUCUGUUCCGCAAGCUGAGGUUGGUGUACGACAAAUGUAAUGAGAACUGCGCUGGACUGGACCCGGUGCCGGUAGAGCAACUGAUCCCCUACGUGGAAGAUGACUACUGGAAGAACGAUGACCGUGGGCCGGCCAGUCAGCUGCGAUAUGCAAGCGAGGAAAGAAGGGAAAUCAUGGAAGUGAAUAAGAAAUUAAAACAGAAGAAUCAGCAGUUGAAGCAAAUCAUGGAUCAGUUACGGAAUCUCAUCUGGGAUAUAAACGCAAUGCUUGCAAUGAGAAACUAAUAUGGUUUUGUUUUUUCUUUUUUAGAAGUAAUUUUGUGUAAUAAAUACUGUUUCAUACGGGCUGUGGAUGGAAUAAUGUGUUGUAAAAUAG